AAUGUGACUGACUGGCUGCUAGAGAUCAUUUAACCGUCGCUUUCGAGCCUUAAAUCGAGCCGAAUCUUCUAGAACUGAGAGGCUGGAUCUACUCAAGUCAAGAGUUACUGACAGGCGUCUCAGAAGGAGACAGAAGCCAUGGACGUCCAGCAGCAGGACGUGACACUGAGCAGUGGAAAGGACAGAACCAAGAGCUGCGGCAACCACACUAACCGCAUCGCCCAGUCAGAGAGCACUGCUGACACAGAAGCCAUCACAGCAGAGCCCGCAAAGAUGACAUGUUCUAAUGGAAUAGGCCACAGGGGAAGUGGCGUGUCGUUGAAUGACAUCGUAGUAACGAGCGAGGAUGCUCUUCUGCUUCCCGACCACGUACCAGUGAUUCCCCACAAAAUAGAAAAAGAGUCUCCUUGCCCUCUCAACGGCUCCACUCCUCCAGACACUGUGACCAAUGGAUCACCACCCAUUUGCACACCUCCCACUGCCUCUACAGGUCAAAAGGCACCUGACCCUGCACAGGUACCCAAGUGCAACGGGCACAACCAGACUCACAAAAAGCGGCUGCCCUCCACCUCCAAAAGCCAGCAGAGUUUGAAAGCCAACGCCGCUCAAAUACAGCAAGUCGCUGGCGACGACUGCUGCGUGCACUGUAUUCUGGCGUGUCUGUUCUGCGAGGUGUUGUCCCUGUGCUCAGCGCUGGCGCAGUGUUUGGCCUGUGGGCUGGAGUGUGAUGCUGCGUGUUGCUGUAGUGAGGCAUGCAGUGGUUUGGCCUGCUGUUCUGAGGACCCCUGCUCUGCCCUGCUGGACUGCGCCAUCCUGGAGGACUGCUGUCAAUCCUCCGACUGCCUGGAGAUCUGCCUGGAGUGCUGCUCCAUCUGCUUCCCUGCGUAGAAAGCCUAUCGGCCAGUGGCAUGAAAGAGUGAGUGACGAGAGGGACUUAUGGAAAGGUUUCGGAAUGUGUCAUAACACCACAGUGUUGUGAAAGGUUGCUGUACGCUGUAUUUAUUCUGUAGGCUAGUGAGAGGUUAGAGACGGAGAUCGAGGCGUGUCCGCUGUGUCUGAAAUGAGUCACUGAAGUUAAAUGGAAUGAACAUGUGUUAUUGGUGAUUGGCUAUUCAGUGACGUACCAGAGGUAUUCUAUCAUUUGACUCAUGAGGGGCAGCUUAGAGCUUACUGUAUUUAAAAAAGCUAGUAUUCAUAUCUGUGAAUGGCCGUUAUUGGGUAGUCACUGGCUACCUCUUUUGCAUUCACAGGUCUAAAUGCCUUGAAACUGUGCCAUUUUUGUUCCCAAUGUUAGUAGAUUCAGCUUUCUUUGAGAGUUGAGCACGUUUGCACUUGCCCAGGGCAUAAUGCAUCUUCCUUGAUCACCACAGGAGGUACAGUACUGUCCAAAAGUCAGGACCGCCCUUACUUUUAUUCAGUUUCCAGCCUAUAAGUACAAGAUAUUCAUUUUGCAGUGUCAAGGUAGGAAAACAGGAAACAUAAUUAACUGAAAAUGAUACGAAAGCCUCAACAACUAUGUAUAAAAUCAAAUCGGUCAGUAUUUAAUUUAUCCACUCUUUACUUGGGUGGAUCCUAUGGCUACUGCCACUUUAACUCUUCCAUCCUUUCAGUCAUAAAACCAACCAGGUAUAGCUGAGUCCUCCCAACAAAGGCUGUUCCCAAAGGAGUCACUGACAAAAUGUUACCCUUCAAAGAGAACCUACUAUUCACACAAGCAGCUACCCAAACUCAACUUAGCUGCCUUGCAAAUUUUAGGGACUAUUUGUGUUCUAUAUAGGGCUCUGAUGUUAACAGUAGUAAUUUGGGGACCAUUUGAAUGCAACCAACUUCUAAGACUGAACUUUGGAGGUAUUUCCAAGGAGCCCUGGAAAACUCUGGAAGCUUUAUUAAGGCAGAUGGUGGACACAAUAGAUACUGAAAAAACUGAUAGUUGACUUGGCAGUAAUUUUCUGGAAAAUAUGUUUUUCUAGCACUGAAAAAUGAGUAACUUGUACUUGAUGACUUUUUUUCUGGAAAUUAAAUAGAAAUUAGAGGUGGUCUCUGACUUUUGCCCAGCACUGUAGUUCAGCAGAAUAUGGUCAUAAUUUGAUUUAACUAACGUUUUUUCAUCUGCACAUUCACAUCCUUAAUAUUUGUUUUAUUUCUAGAUGUACAGAAGCCUCUCCUGUACACUUCAAAAAGUGAUGCAUACAACUGACUUGAUUCGAAUGUGUACAAUGUCAUUUUCGUGUGAAUAAAAUCUAGUACAUCAAGACAGUUAUUCCUAAAAGUAUUAAAACUGAAAGACAAACUGAAAGAUAAUUGUGUUGAUGUAAUGUGUUUUGUUCAGGUGCAAAUGAUGUGCACAUUUGAAUCAAGUAAGUUCAAUGUAAGCCACACUCCAAAGCAGAGAAGAACACAUAGACCAAAUAUAUCUAGAACAUAAACACUUUUGCUGCACUUGCUCUUUGUUUCAGAUUACUGACCUGCAUAUGAACUGCUUAUUUUGAUGCCUGAUUGGCAUCUGCACACUAGACGUGAUCUGUCAGAGGACUGCAUUAGCUUACAAUUAACUUAUGAUUCACUGUGAACUGUAUUUUGUAUUGUGCAUAAAAAGAAGUAAAGAGGCUUUUGUUUUCGUAAA